AUGCCGCACCCGACGCACGUCCUAGGGCCUGUGCUAAUCGCUGUGGUCCUCAACGUAUUAUUUUAUGGUAUAUGCGUACUACAAUCGGUUGCCUACUAUACAUCAGGCUUCAACGACCGAAAGGUUAUCAAAGCGCUCGUCGUAUGGGUCCUGUCACUCGAUACGAUACAUACCGGCGCGUCGAUCUACCUGAUGUGGCUAUACGCAGUCGACAAUUUCGGGAAUCGCGAUAUUUUGACUGCGGCCCCUUGGCCGUUCUCUUACACGCCGCUUAUGACUUCCCUAGCAUCAUGCCCUAUCCAAGCUUUCUUAGCCUGGCGCAUUUACCAAUUCGCGCGCUCAUGGAAAGUGUACAUCGGCGUGGUAUUGUUGUCCGUUGCUCAGCUUGCGACUGGAAUAGCUGCUUCUGCUGGCGCACUCGAAUUAUUGAGCAUCGUCCAUUUUUCUCAGCUAGUCCCCAUCGUCGACUCCUGGCUUGGUACUGCUGUCAUCUGCGAUGUGACCAUUACUGUUCUUUUAUGGUAUCACCUUUCGAAGAACCGUACGGGCUUUAAGCACACUGACAACGUCAUCACCCGACUCAUCCAUUCGUCUGUGGAGACGGCUGCUUUUGGAUCUUUGUUCUGUGUAAUGGACCUGGUGACUUUCACCGUCUUUCCGGGCACGAAUUAUCAUGCCAUCUUUGCCUUUUUCCACAAGCCCCUUGGAAGAAUCUACACGAAUACACUCCUCCUGACCCUCAACUCUAGAAAUGCCUUGCGCUCAGAGCUGCACAACAACAUCUACACUGAGACGCAGACACCGCUCCCUGUCUUCACAUGCCCACCUAUUGCGAUUACAGGAAGCGACAUUAUCAGAAGCAUUCAACGGAGUCAACCGAAGCCCACUUACCUUUCGCAGAACCGAAAUAUGGAAGACGUUAGCCAAAGCGUUACAAGUGCAAAUCUUGAGUCUGGCAGUGGGAAAUCUACGCCGACAUGA